GAAACCUUGGACCGUAACUUUUGCCUAACAUAUUUAAGUAACAACGCUCCUGUACUAAUAAUGAGACCAGACAACAACUAUAGCUUUCUGAAGCAAGUUUAGUACGUAAACAGAGGCUUAUCCUGUGAAAAUAUAUCCUUGAGUGUGACUCGUUCAUUCGUAUAUGUACAGCAUACAAAGUGACCAACGGUUUUCACUGAUGUAGUACAUUCAUCACAAAUCUUCUGCAGAUGUCAGUUGGAAUCUACUGUUACUAAAUAUGUGUUUGUUAAAGUUUUGUUGCAUGUAGGUUGCCGACUUUGUGGUCAAAGAGUCGAACCACAUUUAAUCGCGUUGACAAUCAGAGUCGAUGGUAUUCAGUGUCUCACUUGGAGCUGCUUGCAAUUUAUUCUCUUGUCAAAUUUGCAUAAUAUUAGCGCUGUGUAAGUUGGAAUGUGAGGGCUGUAUAGCUACACUCCAGCUUCUACCAUCCAUGUAAAAUUCAAUAAUAGUGAAAGCCAGGCUGAAAUUUUUUAGUCAUCGUAAUGUCGAUCGAAGUGUGUUGGCCAGAAAAGUCGUCAAAGCAUGCAGUAGAAAUUCGACGAUCUCGACUUCUUUAUUUAAAUGAAACCAGGACUCGAGUUUAUAGCGCAUAGAUCUUGACCCCUUGAAAAUGUUUAGAUAAGUCGAGAUACAAUUUCAUUUCGCUAGUCACAAUGUCCGGGAAACGAGAGAAUAUUAGUAAGACAUCGACGAGAGUUCCUAAGGGAAGAAAAAAUUCUGGGGAUAUUUCAGCAAGCUCGACGUUAGGUAGGACACAGUCUUCAACAUCAACCGCCAACGUCAGGAAGAUCGAUAAAGUGUCAGGUCUGAAACAUGAGGAAGUGGGACAUUCAAGGAAGUCUGACAUCAAAGAGCAGGCCUCAAUGCUCCGGGCCAAUAGCGAGCUUCGAACGUCUUCGCGUCUUAAGGCAGUCGAGGAAAAUCCUCGUUCACCUUUGAAAAAAAAGUCCACUCGUUCUACAUCUCAAAGAACUUUGCGAACUCUGGAUCAUUCCAAGAUAGCCGAUAAACAGGGAUCGCCAAAACGAGUCAACGCACAGCCUGUGAUCAGCAAGGGAUCUCCUGAUCAGAAAACCACCAACACGAGUAAUGACCGCACCAUCUCUGCAGCUAGAAUUGAAUCUAAAAAUGUUCACAGCGAUGAAUCAGACCCAUCAAAAUUAACUCUGGCCGAACGAGUCAAGUUAUUCAAUGAAAAAAUUGCGACGGAGAAGGCAAUCAACGAAAAAAAUAUGCUCUACAACAGCGGUAGGUCAGCAAGAAAGAAUUGGAUUACAUCUCGUGCCAGAACUCAACCUGUAACUUCAGAAGAAUUGGAAGCUGCCUUACCAAAAUCCCUCGCUCAUUACAACUAUCGUCAUUCAAUGUUCGAACGACGAGAAGAACCGAUUCAGGAAAUAUCCGGUUUUAAUACAGUGACUGAUGACGACGAACGGCAACAAAUAGAAUCCAUUGAAAAAAGUGAUUCCGCAGUGUUGCAAACAGUAUUAAAAGAUCGUAAAAUUAUCGUGUCAUCUAAGCAUGCCGAUAGUGUGACUGGCCCUUUGCAGAAGAGUAAUUCUCUCCGGAAGCCAGUCGAAGCACUGACUGAUAUUGUAGAGUUUGAUAGUGAUGGCAACAAUACUUCAAGCUCUAUUGUCAGAACAUCGUUGACAGAAGAUACUAACAAAUCAAAAGAGAGCAUCGUGACAAUUAGAAACAAAUCGACGAGAUUGGUAAAUCAAAUUGAACCAAGCUUUAGGAGGAACAACGAACGAUUGAAUAAACAAGUGGUUCAUAAAUAUUUGAGGAAAAAAACACAGACAGUGACAACCGACACUUCGCGUAUUUCAGAACAGAAGACUAAAUCAAAAGUGGAUAAAAAAUUCAGCGGUGGAUUGCGCAAGAGAGACGAUUCUCGGUCACGAGAUAAGUCAUUGUCCGAACGGAAAAAGAAAAAUGUCAUGUCCAACACAAUUAACAGGGUUGAACAGCAGCCUUUGACGAAAGACACAACGGAGGACUUAGAUUCUAGAAUUAUACCGACUGACGCAAGCGUCACCAUGACAAGAUUAGUCCAGGAAGUGCAUUCCAUGGAAAUUCGUAGCAUAAGCAUAGCGAAUCGGUUAGCAGCCCUCGAGCAGAAUGGAAGUACAAAAUGGAAACAUAAAUUUCCUUGCGAUACCAACCUUUACCCACCUGCCACGCCAUGUAAUGAAAAAGAUUCGACGGAUGGUAACGUUCUACACAGAUCGGAUUCAGCGGUGAAGCAGGGAAAGUUGGCUGACCGCCUGGAAAAAUUAGAAACUGCGUCGGAAAAAUGGAGGAGAAGAGUAGCCGCAACAGAUGCCGUUCAAUAUUCCAUAUAUGGAAAGAUGAAAGUUGAUCACUCAGAGGGUUUUUGUUCCACCGUAUCUUCACCUCUCAUUCAGGCAAUUGAAAACGAAUCGAGCAGAGGAAAAAAAUUACCUAGAGCGGAACGUUUUAGAGUGGAGAAAGAAUCUGCAGGAAAAACUACCGAAAACGUCACUAGCACCGAAUCUGUUACUACGUUCAAGAGAACUUUGUCUACUCGAAGAAUUGUCGACGUUGAAAAAAUUGGACCAUCUCAGCAACAUUCUGAUCUUACUGUUUCCGUCCCACAAACCGAUGACCUGAAUUUUAGCACAUUUUUCAGUGGUGUUUCGGCGACACGAUGUGACGAGGAAUAUAUCGACUUAAAUGAAAGUGACUUCGACGUCAUCAAGUCGCAUUCUGAACUUUUAGUACAGAGAAGAACAGUUCCGACUAGAGGCCGAAGACUAAAGUCUAAAAACCCGCUGCGAGUACUUGCAGCACGCACCGAUCUCAGAACGGAGUACACCGAAGUAAAAACAGGCGUUGCCGAGAGAAUUAUGAAAGAUUUGAGCAUUGAAAAGUUGGCAAAAUCUUCAUCGUUAGCGGUUGAAGCAUUGGCUGGCCUCGCCUCAACCGAAGACUUCAAUGCUAUAUUAUUAAGAAAUGCAGCUGAGUGUGCACAAAACUCUGGAUCAACGCUAUGCGCUUAUAAAAAAUUGAUGUUGAUUCUUGUGAAAGGAAGACGACAUGUGCAGGUCAGACUCGUCGAACCUAUUGCAUCCAGUAUCAACAGCGGUGACAACUAUAUAUUAGUUACUCCAACAGAGGUGUACAACUAUGUAGGAAAGUAUAGCAAUGUCAUUGAGCGAACUCGGAGUGCAGAUAUAGCGUUGACCAUUCAGCAGAACAAGGAGUUCGGUUGUACAGCGAGUCAAGUGAUCACAGUUAGCGAAGAAAAGUCUACUUGUUCAAGAAAUGACACGUCCAAGUUUUGGAACCUCCUUGGUAUUGAUGAUCAGGUAAUCGAUGUAACGAAAGCUGGUCAUCCGGACGAAGACGAACUGUAUGAAAAUGUCGUAAUAAAGACAAAUAUGGUAUAUGAACUAAUCGAUAAAGAAUUGAUUCCAUUUACAAGCUUUUGGGGUGUAAUACCAAAGAUCGAAAUGUUGGAGCCUAACAAGAUUUUUAUAUUCGAUUUUGGUAGCGAGAUGUACAUUUGGAACGGCAAGUUGGCUACUUUACCAAAUCGUAAACUUGCUUUUGACAUGGCUAAUGAACUGUGGAAAAAGGGUUACGACUAUUCCGAGUGUACAGUAUGCCCGUUAACUGCGGCCUCUGUAAUAGGAGCACGUCAAACAUCCGGGUCUGUUGAAAAUAAGGCAUCUAUGCGACCCGAUUGGUGUCUCUUACUCAAAGUGACACAGCACAUGGAGCCGGUAUUAUUCAAAGAAAAAUUUCUGGAUUGGCCUGACUUUAAAAAAGUAAUACAGACGAAAAAUAACGACAGUAAAGAGUUGGCUGACAGCAGCGUCACUGUCCAGCCAUUCAACGUCAGUCUUAUAAUCGAGCCGAAUACAAUGCCGGUUGAUUUGAUGCUGGAAGGAAGUCACCUUGGCCGCGGAAAAGAGUGGUUCGACAAAGAGCUAAGGAAAAUCCACCUCAUCACCACGCUGAGCACAACUGUAUGGCACAUAGACGAGUAUUCGCAUACUCUGUUGAAUAAUAAUUCUGUGGGACAAUUUCAUUCUGGAGAUAGUUACAUUGUGCGCUGGUCGUACAGGAUUACCACUACUGGGAACAAACUGAGUGGCCAGCCGUCCAAGUAUUCGGCAAUAGGAAGAGAUCGUUGUGCUUACUUUAUAUGGCAAGGACAAACAGCAUCUCCGAACGAACAGGGAACUGCAGCACUGCUUACUGUCGAACUGGAUCAUGAAAAAGGACCUCAAAUCCAAGUCAUUCAAGGUUUCGAACCAUCUGCCUUCCUCAAUCUAUUUUCUGGAGGAAUGAUCGUACAUGUUGGAAACAGAAUGGACAAAGAAAGGGAGGAAAGACACAGAUUAUACAUCUGUCGAGGUACACUUGAGUCUGAAGUAUCGCUGAUUGAAGUGCCCUGCUCUAUGGAAAGCUUAAGAAGUCGGUGUUCCUUCGUUUUAAUUGAUCGUGAUACUGGGAAAUUAUACGUGUGGCAUGGAGGCGCCUCGCUCCCUCACAUCAGAGAAAAUGCAUUACAUGCUGCUAACAAGCUCAAAAUCAAUUGCCCUGAAGAAGCAGGGCUGACUUCGUACAGCAGCAUAGCCAUAAUCGAAGUUAUCGAGGGCCACGAACCUGAGGAAGUUCUGAAUGCUCUUGAUAAAAGUGAGAUGAAAGAAUAUUUGUCUCUGGAAAACAACGAUUUAAUGGACCACACACCGAGGCUUUUUCACUUGUCAAGCAUAUCAGGGGAGUUUAGGCCCACCGAACUGCUCUGUGCCCAUCGCGCCGAUAUCACAACUCCGUAUCCAUUUCUGCAAGUUGAAUUGUACCAAGUAAAUCAACCGGCAUUAUUUUUGCUCGAUAAUGGGAAUGAAAUUUGGCUCUGGCAAGGCUGGUGGCCAGACAGCGGAGCCGAUGAUCAAACCGGGAGCGGAGCUGUACGAUGGCAAUCUGAGCGAAGGGCUGCGAUGAGAACGGCUAUCCAGUAUUGGCAAACGAAUCACCCCGAUUCGACUCAACUACCCAUUUCGCUGGUCUGGGCUGGCCUGGAACCCUUGGAGUUCAGGAAUCUGUUUCCAAUGUGGGAAACCCGCCACGACGUAGCAGAGUUGAAUAUGCAGGAUGAUCACAAGCCAGGAGAAAUACUGAGCAUACACAAUGAACUGGACAAAUUAACACAAAGCACGUAUCCACCUGCCGAAUUAUUGCAAAGGCCACUGCCUCAAGGAGUGGAUCCAACCCGUCUGGAAUUAUAUUUAUCACCGGAAGAUUUUGAGAAAUUGUUCAGCAUGACGAACGAUGUAUUCCAAGGACUUCCAGCGUGGAAACAGAUUAAGCUUAAAAAAGAAAUCGGACUAUUUUAACGGUUGUUUUUUUGCUUUUCUUUUGCUUUUGUAUGUUGUUAUUACAUAAAUGUAUAUACAAUACACAUGACAGGUGAAUUUCACGUUAUUUGAGUAAUUGUAAAAUCAUAUUUCAGUUACUCUUGCUAUCAUUUCGAUUUCCGGAUGAUGAACAUGAUUGUUGAGCCAAAAUUAAGUCAUGAAAGUCUUAACAGUGGUAACGAUGAUUUUGCGUCAGCAUCUAAUUGUGUUUAAAUUGGUCUGUCGAAUACUUUGAACAUAUUUUAUUCUUAAUUUCAACUGAGUCUGAAAUUCUCCAGUGUUAUUUUACGCCAAAUACUAUUAUCUCAUAGAGAUCAUUUUCUCACCAAUGAUGCGAAACGCAUUCAUUCAAGAGUUCUUGUCAAGAAAUGAUGGUGCGAAAUCCACCUGAACAAGUGUAUGUAUAUGCAUGUUGUGACGAAAACAGGGAAAAGAGAUCAUUUAUGGUUCACUCUUUUUGACGGAUUGACGUCACCAGCAUUGCAACUCUUCAUUUUACUCAUAGAAAUUGAAUUGAAAGUAAUUUUACGGUCUUGAAUCCGAAGGACAGGGUAUAACUUAUUACGUUAAAGUUGAAUAAUAUAAAAUAAUCUUAACCCGAGGACUCUCUUUCAGACUGAUAUAAUCAUCAAAUAAUAAAUUUUUCACGGCUUGGAUCAAUUGAUGGAUCCUUAAAAACCGAAGUAUAUGGUGUAUAUAUCACAUGUAUUAUAGAAUUCAGUGUAAUAGAUUGGGAACCGCAUAUAAUAAGAUUGAAUACGUGAAAUUUUUA